AUGUCAACCGCAUCAACACCGCGUUCUACGCGUUCCGCGUCACCGGGGAACUCACCCAAUAUGCUCACCCCAGGCCAAAAAAUCAGAGCCAUGAUGGCUGAAUUCAGCAGCGACUCGGAGUCUGAAUCAGAAAAGACUCGCCCUAAGAACGCUAUCUCGAAGCUGGACUUCGGGUCCAAGAAAUCACCCACCGAUAUCCCAGAAUUGAAACAAACAAACGAUAGUCCCGCCAGCUCAGAUGACGAUGAGGAUAUUGUUCAGCCUAAAGGGCGAAUGGCCGCCCGUAUGCAAGGUGACACGCGCAAAUCUUCUGACGAACAGCAAGUCUCGGCCUUUUCUCGAAUUUCCAAGGCACUUCGGACAGAGCGAGAACAAGCGAAUAAACCCAAACCGCAGACAGAAAUGCCCGCAACCAAAAUCGCGGAAGCCGAAGCCGAAUCAAGCGAUGAUGACUUUCCUACAGCUGCACCAAGGAGACGAAAUAAUAAUGAGGCUUCACGACAAUCACCAGAUGCCGACGACCAGUCUCGCAACUCAUCGCCUCGCGCUCGUUCAUAUUCCCCAUUAUUCGUUUCCUCGCCCGCUGCUCCAACCGAUGAGCCAGUCCAAAACGACGGUGCAGAUGAAGAAACCGAACAGCCUAAAAAAGGAAACAAGGAUAGGUUCCUUGCUCUUGUCGCCCAAAAGCGCAAGGAACGAGAGGAGCGUGAGAAGUUAGAAGAGGAGAGGAAGGCAGCCAGGAAAGCCGAGCUGGAGAAAUUCAGCUCUGAUAUCAUCUCCGGAGAAGAGAGUGAAGCUGAGAACCCGACAUCCGCACAUAAGCUCUCUCAAAAGGCCCGCCAACCCCGCAAGGCCAGUAAGAAGGCUAUGGAUGAGAUAAAGCAAGAAACUCAGCGCAUGAGCCGGAAUAUGCAACUUGCCCACCAGGCCCAGACGAAAAAGAAGAUAACAAAGGAGAGCUUCUUUGCUCGGUUCAACUAUGGACAACCUGAAGUCCCUUCUGCAGAGCCUGCGCAGGCAAAUACUUCAUCUACGGUUGGCUCGCAGCAGUCAUCUGACGCGGAGGCUCUCAAGGCUCGUGAUACACCUCAUACUUCCCCUAUUCUUGGGCCCUCUGGUGCAGAGAAGCCGACUUCUGAUGCUCUAGCCCAAGACCAUGUCGAGUCCAAUGGAGCGCCUACAACUGAGAAGUCGGCUCUGGAAAAGGUCGCUCCUUCAGAGGAGUCCAGCGUACCCAAGAAGCAUGCAGUGCUACCAACUCACCCUGCGAUCAAGAAAGAACCAUUUCAGCUUACUCGACCUGCCGUCCGAGUUCUCAUGUCGAGAAAGGAAAUCUCUCAACAUCAAUUGGAGGACUCGGAUAGCGAUGACCUUGAGGUAGUCACCUCGCCUGCAAAGGCCCGUCGAAUUGCCGCCUUCGAAAAUCUCCCUGCGCAGAGAAUGCAGGAGUCUGCUUCCAUGAUCAAGCUAAAGGCUCUGGCUCAUCUAACAUCCCCAAAUCGCAAAACCUCAUCCAUGACCUCCUCGGAACUCUCCGCCAGUCUACUUUACAAAGCGCGUCAACAAGCCGCCAAGGAGCGACGCGAGCGCAUCGAAGAACUCAGAGCUAAGGGUGUUAUCAUCGAAACCGCCGAGGAGCGUGCAGCAAUGGAAGCCGAUAUGGAAGACUUGGUGACAAAGGCCCGCCGGGAAGCUGAUGAGAUCAAACGAUUGGAAAGAGCGGCACGGAAGAAUGGUGAUGAUCCUGAUGAUGAUGAGGAGGAUGAUGGGGAAUAUGAAUUCUCCGGCUCAGAAGAUGAGGAACCAGGUUCGGGUAAUGAAGAUGACGCUCGAAGUCUCAAUGGCAACGAGGGUCUAGUCGAACAGGAAGCGGAUGAUGGAGAUGAUUCUUCCGACGGAGAGAGCGAGAUCUUGCCCUCUGAUGUCGAAGAAGAAGCCCCUGGGACACGGCGAAAGCGACCGACCCGUGUAGUAGUCAGCGAUGAUGAGGAUGAAGAGGAAGUUCAACAGCAGGUACCAUCUACACCUGUUAGAGCACCUUCGCAUGCAGCGAAGUCUGCAGAGCGUCCUAGUUUCUUCGGCGUGGACUCUCCCAACACAUCCAUGGGCCUCACCCAGGCUUUCGCUGGCACAUUGGCAGAUGACAACGACAGCACAAGCCAGCCAGAUUCAGCCACAAUCCCAUUUUCUCUUCCAGACCCAGGUCAGCCUGUGCCGAGGGCGGUACUUCGCCAUGAAGAUUCUGAGAUCCUUGUUCGAGAUAGCCAAGAGCAACACGAUGAGCCUGACUUCAUGGCCAAUCACUACCAGAAUAUCACUCGCGUAUCGGAAUCUCCAGCCGGACCGGCUUUCUCUCAGUACUCGCAGCUUCCUGAUCCUACCCAGGACGAAGGAUUUGUGUUCUCUCCGUUUGACCCGAACAAGCGAUUCAGAGGAACCCCGCCAGUUUCGACCGUGGACACAGUUAUCUUGGGUCAAAGCCAGUCACCGGUUGUCGAACGAAAGAACAGACACCUUCGACGAGGCCGCGCAGCAGACUUAUCUGUGGUUGAAGAGGAGGAGGAGCAAGAAACCACAGCAGGGAACUUUGAAGUCGACCCAAGUGCUUUUGAUAUCAUGAAGAAAACCAAGAAGCCCACUGUUGUCUACGACAAGAAGAACAGUAAGGCAAAGAACAUUGUUGAUGAGGCCGCUGAGGAAUCCGAGGAUGAGUAUGCCGGCCUCGGUGGCGCUAGUGACGAUGAAGACGGUGAAGAAAAUGCAGAAGACAAGCAAAUGAUCAACGACAACAGCGGUGAAACCGUUGACGAGAAAGAGCUUGCUGCACUCAACGCCGUCCAUGACCGGAAGCGCGAUGAAAAGGACGUUGCCAAGUUGCUCAAAGAUAUCACGACUGGAGCCCUCCGCCGUCGCCGUGGACCCGAUGAUGACUUUGAUUUGGACGACUCCGACGAUGAACAUCUAGCACGUCGGCGCGAGAAGCAACGUGAAUUUGCCAAGAUGCGCAAAGCUCUCCUCACAGAUGACAAAGUAGGCGAGCUCGCAGACAACCCCAAGAAAGCAGCAUUCUUCAAGGCCAUUGAAGACCGCGAGUUUGAGGAUGACUUCGAGUUGGAGUUCUUAGAAGAAAAGGAUGGCGGCUCUCAAAAUGAAUCGCAGCCCCUGGGUGAACAGCAAGAUGGUGGCGCUGAUGAGAACAACAACCGGAAGCGACCCCUAGAGCCAUCUAAAGAGGACGCUACAAACCGCCCUCCGCCUAAUCUGCGCCGUACUCCUGCUAGCGCCAUGUCGAAGAAACCUGCGACCUUGGCCGAGAUCCGCGAAACUUUGUCAUUCUUGACCGAGACUCCUGAAUAUGAAUCCUUCCACGAGGAUGUUUCCGAUGACGAAGAAGAGCCUGCGGAAGGCGGAGAAGACGCAAACACAUCUGGUGUCGACGAGGCGGCUCAUUCCGACGACGCAGGCUCACAGUCUAACGACCAAUUCGCCAAACCCAGCAACCCCCGCCGUACUCGUGGCCCUGUUGUCGACCGUCUUGCUCUGCUCCGCCAAGCGUCCUCCAACUCUGCCACCGCAAGCACGGGAUCCAGCAACACGAAACUUGCCUUCCAAAGUGGAGGCAACAAUGACAGUCCCAUUGGCUUCCGACCUCCCAAGCUCAUGCAUCGUAUUUCCACGGGCUCGUCUUCCUCUUCCAGCGCCUCCACUUCUACUUCCAAUCGUGUCUCUAAACCCGGCGCGUCGGGACCUAAGAAGGGUGGUGCGGUCAACUCUUACGCUGCUGCGCGUGAGAAGGAGCGUGAGAGACAGCUCCGGGUGAAGCAGCGCAAUGGCAGCUCUAACGUUGCGAAGCUGCUGAAUAAACAUGCUGGUGGUGGAUUGGGUGCACUGGCUGGAAAGGGUCAGUGGGAUUAA